AUGAAUAUAGAUCAACCAACCGAUGCUUUUAUGCAGGACAUUCAACGCCUGAGAGACGACUACGAGGCCAAACGGGCACAAUCUAACCUGGUUUCCCGACAGAUCAUCGACCUCGCCUUGGGAUUGAUUGACGGUGUAUACUGCUACACAUACUGGUACGAAGACCAAUGCAUCCGACUAGCAGAUAUCCCCAACACACUCUCUGGCGAUAUACUACGCCUGAAACGAAAUCUGCCCAAUGCAGUUGAACACGGUAGUCACGAAAUAAUCGGUGACCAAGUCCGUCCCUUUGAAUGUCCCCCACUUCCACAGGAAGAUGAAGAUGACGCCGAGGACCUCAAUCCAAUCCUGGCCUCACUCCCACUCAUCGACGUCAACACCAAACACUUCGUCAAGCAAGGCAAAUACAAAACCGAAAUUGAGAAUCUACUCAAAUGCCAAGGAGGAACUUGUCCCGGAGUACCCAAAUCAGCACACAUCAUUCCCCUACUGGGCAAGUCACCAGAAGGAGGCCUAGUCUUCGAGAGAUUCAAACCUCGAUACAUCCUAGCAUUCAUCCAUCCCCUUGCCACCUACAAAGACUGGAUCCUACAGAUAAUCAGCGGGAUAAAGUGUCUUCAUUCCCAGGGCAUCAUCCAUCGCGAUCUCCGCAUCGACAACCUCGUCUUCUCUGGGUUUCGCGUGCUGAUCUGUGAUCUCGAGAGUCGGUGGGGAAAUCGUCUGGCGCCGGAGAUUUCGCGAGACCAGGUCGUGGAUGCUGGCUGGACGGAGAAGUCGGAUAUAUAUGAUCUUGGGUAUCUGAUUAAGGGCAUGAUUUAUGGCAAUGCCCCGGUAAAGUUUGCGGUGGAGUGGGAUGUUCCUCGUCCGUUGGAUGCUGUUGUGGAAGCUUGUACCCGCGAGAGACCGGAAGAACGUCCUAGCUUGGAUGAUAUAUGCGCUAUGGUAGAGGGGAUUGAGGUCUCACUGGUGAAGGAAGUCUAG